AUGGACGACACGCGACAGAACCGGCCGAGCGGCAUUCCCCGGCCGUCCAAGCUACCACAGCCAUCCAAGCUCCCUGUGCCACGGACAAACUCGAUUCGAACGUCCGCGUCCCGAGAAAGCCUCGGGUCUGCUGCUGGGACCGGGACACUACGCAACCCCAAGCUCCGGACGGCCGCUUCGCGCGACCAGCUCGCCCCUCCGUCCAGCCCCGGGGCUUUGCGCUCCGUAUCGUCCCCCCAUAGCCGCGCGGGCCUCAAUCCAGCCUCGGGAGGUGUUGGAAGCCGGACAGCGAAGUCAGGGGUUAAUACUACUCCCCAGCCCCCGCGGUUAGGAAGAGGGACGAAUGCCGGUGGCCCGGGGUCCCGCUCCAGCUCUGUGGCCACUGGGCUCCGACGUCAGUCUUCGCAACAAUGGAUCUCUGCAGCAGCUAUGCCGGAGGAGGACGCUGGGUUAGGCGACUCGUGGACAAUGGUACCUGAAGAUCCGGCCGAGGAGGCGAUGCCAGAGUCUCCCAACAAGGUCCGGCCUUCUCUGGCCGAAAGGACUAUGGAAACUUUGUCACGCUUGCCUUCUUCCCCUUCCGUCAAGGGGAGGGGAGCGCCGUCGUUCUACGAUGCCGCAUCCGGGGGAAGGAAGUCACCAUCGCGGCCCGACUCGAGCCAUCAGUCUGAUGGAUCCGGCGGUCGGUCGAGGCCAAGCUCUAGCGGUGGCUUGGACAGCUCCAUCGCUAGCCUCCGCUCUCAGCCCGCCACGUUCGAGAACCCCCUCUCACCAAUCGAAGGUACGCCCCUGCGUAACAGGCGGAGCAUCCAGUCGUUCCAGACACCCUCAAAACGAACAUCCAUGUACGGCGUACCGCCUCCUAGCACCAUCACGGUCCCCCGGGCCAGGAGUCCUAGCCCUGGGAAGCGAGGUCCCGAGAUACCCACGCCCAAACCCGGCUCAAAGAUGCUUGCCCCGCGACAACCGGUGAAACGCCCGUCAGUCAACAGCUUGAGGAAGCCCGCGGCACCGGCCGGCGCAAAGCCCAAGACGGGAACGGCGCGGAAGGAGUCCGUGGCAUCCAGAGGAUCGUCAACCACAUCGUGGGAUACAGGAACGAAUCCUUCUAGCGCCUCGGUUACGUCGGCCAAUACGAGUGUCACGGCCGAGUCUGCCGAACCUGCCCAAGCUUACAAGAAGACCUCGGCCGCUCUGCGCGAGCAGAUCGCCAAGGCGAGGGCGGCCAAGAAGGCCGUAACACAACCAGCAGCCCCCCCCGACAGUGCUGAUGGUACUCCUAGGGACUCAACUGCUAUACCAGCUGACACCGCUUAUGAUUUUGCGUUAUCCAACGACCCGUUCAACCAGAACCGUGACGACAAGUCACAGGCCAAGGUACUUCACAGUCGCCUCGAGACGGCGCGGACCAGCGGUCGUCUUAACAUUGCUGCGAUGGGUCUGAAGGAGAUUCCUGCCGAUGUCCUGAACAUGUACAACCUCAACACCAUUGGGCAGUCUGGCGGCGCCUGGGCUGAAAGUGUUGAUCUAACUCGUUUUGUGGCUGCGGAUAACGAACUGGAAAUGAUUGGUGAGAACAUGUUCCCGGAUGUUGAUCCGAUGGAGGCACCAGACGAUGAGGACAGUCAGGGGAAUAUCUUCGCUGGGUUGGAGACCCUCGACCUGCACGGAAACAUUCUGGUCACCUUGCCUAUGGGGCUGCGGCGUCUGUCUUUGUUGACUUCGUUAAACUUGUCUUUGAACCGGCUUGCGAACAACUGCCUAGAAGUUAUUUCCCAGAUUACGCCGCUCAAGGACCUCAAACUUGGGGGCAAUCUUCUGUACGGAGCACUUGAGUCUUGCUUCUCCAAGCUGACGAAUCUCGAGAUUUUGGACCUCCAUGGCAACAACAUCUCGUCGUUACCCGCGGAUUUUAGCAGCCUUUCACGACUUCGGAUUUUGAACCUGAGCGAAAAUAGUUUCGAGGAACUACCGUUUCCAAUUCUGUCUGGGUUGCCGUUGACAGAAUUGGUUGCUCGCAAAAACCAGCUCCAAGGGACGCUAAUUCAAGAUGGCGUGGACACCUUGCCGCUUCUCCAAACUUUGGACGUCUCGUCAAACCAGUUGACUCAUAUUUGCUCGGCCAGCAAGACGGUCACGAUGCCUGCCCUUCACCAGCUCUGCGUCUCUAUGAACCGGUUGCAAGCCCUGCCCGAUAUCAGCAGCUGGGCCAGCCUGCUCACCAUCGCGGCCGAUGAGAACAGCAUCAACGCUAUCCCGGAGGGCUUCGCUCAGCUUCCUAAGUUGAGGUCUGUUGACUUCUCGAGUAACGACAUUCGCGUCGUGCCUCUGGAGAUUGGACGAAUGGAAAACCUGGCCAACCUCCGCCUGAGCGGAAACCCCCUGCGCGAAAAGAAGUUCAGCACCAUUAGCACGGAGGAGAUGAAAACCAUUCUCGCUCAGCGACUCGAGCCGGCCCAGGAGCAGACGGCAACGAGGACCCAGCGUGCUCAGAGCACCAACCAGGACGAGUAUUUCACCGCUGACGAUACCCUGGCCCCUGCUGCACACCUCACGAUUACCGAGGACGAGGAUAGCCGCUCCGAGCUCGACCACUUUGCCACACCGCCGACUUCCGCCCCAGGUUCUCCGGCCGGCCGUUCUCAACCCCGUCCUCGCGCUGCCACUGCCACUUGGCCCGUCCAGCCCGGCGGCGUACUCGACCGCUCCAAUACGCAGUCCUCAGCCCUCCACCCCGUGAUCUGUUCGAAGCUGGCGGCUAGCCACAAGAUCCACGAAAUCCAACUGCAUCACAACCUCUUCGCCACCCUUCCCGAUUCCCUGACAUUCUUCGCCGCCUCGUUGACCGCACUGUCAUUGGCGCACAACCAGCUGCUCGGCGAGACGUACCUUACAGGUGUGAGUGGAGGGGCGGAAGGGAGCGGAACAGCCUUGCUGGACCUGCCGGCGCUCAAGGAGCUGAAUCUGGCCCAUAACCACAUCACCGGUUUGGUGCCCCUGAUGGUGCAUUUGUGCGCGCCACGACUGGAGAAAUUGGAUGUCUCGUUCAACCGGUUGACAGCACUACCGCAGCCCACCAGCAGCACCCCUGAGAACGGACGGAACGGUUACCUGCGCGACACCUUUCCGUUCCUGACUGUUCUCCUCGCGUCAAACAACCACCUCGUCGAACUCGACCCGGAAGCGAUCCGUGGCCUACGCGUUGUGGAUGUCGCUAACAACGACAUUGCACACUUGAACCCACGGAUUGGAUUGCUUGGGGCGACCCAACCGCAGCAGCAACAACAGGACGGGGCUAGCGGAAGUGGACUGGAGAGGCUUGAUGUCAGUGGGAACCGCUUCCGUGUGCCGCGGUGGAAUGUGCUGGAAAGAGGCACGGAGGCAACGCUGAGGUGGUUGAGGGGAAGGGUACCGGUGGCAGAGAUGGGAGCGUGGAAGGGUGAGGAGGGUGAUGAUGAGGAUGUGGAUUAG